CAAUACUCAGAAGUAAUUCAUAUCAGUAUUGUGUUUCUGUAACAAUUUCAACUUUACACUCUACCAAGAUUUCAAUUUGACUUGCCAUUAUCUAUUAUGACUGUUAUUCCCUCCAAUAACAUUAUUCCGUGUAAUUGACGCAUUUUGCUGCACAUGCAUCAACUAGCAACGACAAACAACCAUCUCCCAAUCUUAUAAUUCAAAAGGAUAAAAUAGAUAACAGAAAACCAAAGUUCAACAAUUUAAAGUACGCGUCUGGUGCUGUUGCUUGUCAUCACUCUGUUUCAGUGUUUAUCGCUUCUUAAAUCUCUUCCAAGACCGUGAUUUUCUCUAAUAUUUACCUACCCUUUUGCAGCCACUCACACAAAGUCGUUUACAAAAGCAUAGAAAAAAUUUUUCCCCUUAAAAAGCACUGAUUUUUACGGAGAAUUCAGUUUUUGUUUGUGUUGGGUUGACAUGGGUGCUGGUGACUACUACAAGAUACUGAAGGUGAAACGGGAUGCCACUGAUGAAGAGGUGAAGAGGGCUUAUAGGAGUUUGGCCAUGAAAUGGCACCCUGAUAAGAAUCUCGAAGACCCUCUUAGGAAGGAAGAGUCUGAAGCCAAGUUCAAGCAGGUUGCUGAGGCCUACAAUGUGCUCAGUGACCCCAAGAAGCGUCAGAUCUACGAUCUAUACGGUCACUAUCCCCUUAACUCUCAACGCUUCAGCAAAGAACAAGGUUAUGGGAUUAUGAAAGAAGCCGGGGUGGUUGAAAGCAGCUUGACUUGUACCCUUCUGGAGCUUUACAAGGGUUGCAAAAAGAAGCUGAAGGUCUCAAGGACUGUUCCUGAUGAAUUCGGAGUGUCGAAGUCUGUAGAAGAAAUCUUGAAGAUAGAUAUUAAACCUGGUUGGAAGAAGGGUACAAAAAUCACUUUUCCAGGGAAAGGAAACCAAGAACCAGGAGGAGCUGCAACUGACCUAAUUUUUGUGUUGGAUGAAAGACCUCAUGAUAUUUUCAAGAGGGAUGGAAAUGAUCUUGUAGUGAUCCAGAAGAUAUUACUUGUAGAGGCUCUCAUAGGAAAAACUUUUAACUUGACUACUUUGGAUGGAAGAGAUCUCAUAAUCCAAGUGACUGAUAUUGUGAGACCAGGGUUUGAGCUAGUGGUCCCAAAUGAAGGUAUGCCAAUCUCAAAGGAACCUGGCAAGAAAGGAAACCUCAGAAUCAAGUUUGAUGUUAUGUUUCCAUCAAGGCUGUCCACACAACAAAAGAGUGGUCUAAGAAGGAUUCUUCUUAGUGAUGUUGAUUACUAAACCAAUAUUUUAAGACUAAUGGCUGUAACUAUCCUUUAACAAGAAAGAAAUAACUACACUGUAAAUUCUUAUGUAACUCCAUCAAUCUAAAGGAAAUAUGUGCAUAUGACAAAUAAACCAAGUAUAGUUGCUAUUUGCUAUCAUAUAUGUAGCUUUGGAAACAGGUGUAUAUCCAUGCUUUUACAGUUUUGAGGUAUUUUCACCCUGCUGUUCUAUAAACAAGGGAAAGAAAUGAACUAUAGUAAUUUGUGCAUUGGCUGGUUUCAGUUAAAUACAGUUGUCUUCUUUAUUAUGA